AUGCUUACGGCAGAAGCUAUUGACGAGAUAGAAUUCUGGUUGUUAAAGGUGCAAUCCAUGAACGAUAAAGGCUCUACAUUAUUGAAUGAGCACGCAGUGUGUGAUGUUGUGGUAUGCACGGACACAUCUGCAGUGGGAUACGGGGGAUAUGUACAAGAGGUGCAUGGUGAGUCCAAACACGAGGGUGAUUUAGAUCAGAUAAUCGAUAUUGGUUACGGUGGGUUUGUAUGCACACGUGAUGGUGUACCGUUAGAUGAACACGGUGUUGACAUUGGUGUACAUGUAGAUUCGGGUGACGCCACUGUAGUGGUAAUCUCUCCGAGAGAUGGUGUGGAGGCAUAUGAUGCUGUUUACGACACUCAGGGUGUUGUACGACCCGCAGGGGGUCAGGGCCACAGAGACCCCGGUGAGGGGCGAUCUUUGAGAGGUCAUGUCAUCACAGAUAACACCCCGAGUGUUUGUCGCCUAAUGAAAGGCGGGGCCAAGGCUGGCCCCAGUAUAGGGCGACCUUUGAGAGGUCAGUGUGGUAGCACUCAUAGUGCGGAUCGAUACUUAGGGGGUCAUAUUAUCCCUAAGACAGGACGGCCUUUGAAAGGUCAGGUGAGUAGUGACGUAGUUAAAAAUCCAGCAGAGGUUUUUUCACGCAGUCAGGAGGUGAGGCUCCCCACGGUGAGGGAUCUGUAUCACAUGGAUAAGUGUAUAGCGUUGGGUACGUGGAAUGAAAAUGAGAGCUCGUACAGCUCAACUUGGCGAGAAUUGGAGGCCACGAAAAAGGCAUAGGACUGAGGGGAUCCAUAGAUGAUGCGAUCAAGGCCUCGGGGGUCACGGAAGGCUCUCCACUAUACAAGACGGCAGACGGUAUGGCGGAGAGGCUAUUAUUGAGCUAGAGUGCAAGCACCAACAUCAAAUAUUACGGAGCAUUCAAAAGGUGGGAGCAUUUUAGUACUGAACACGGAUUUACAGCUCUCCCUGCGAGUCCUACCCAUGUGGCAUUGUAUUUAAACUUUUUGUUGGGAAACGGUUCUACUUUCGCGACGGUGUCGGCAGCAGUGUAUGCCAUUGAAUGGGUACACAGAGUGAACGGACGCGAGGAUCCUACAUGUAACUCAUUUGUGCAGAACUUAGUCGAGACGUCUAAACGUGUUGCUAAAAAGCCUACACGCAAGAAGGAACCGGUGACAUCGGACAUUCUUAUUGAUUUAUGUUAAAUGUUUUCAUGUUCAGAUGACUUGAUGGUGGUUAGGGACCUUUCAACGAUAUUAAUAUCUUUUUCGGGGCUUUUACGUUUUAACGAGCUUAGUGCUUUGCGUUGUUCGGAUGUUAAGUUUUCCGGAGACCAUUUUACGCUAAUUAUUAGAAAAAGUAAGACAGACCAGUAUCAUUUCGGUAGUGACGUGGUUAUUAGCAAGGGUAUCACGGUCGCGUGUCCAUACACAAUGUUGACGAAAUACUUUAAUUUGGCGGAGAUAGAUUUGGAAUCCCACCAAUUCUUGUUGCGGAUUCUCUUGAGAAUUGUUUGUUAGUAACACAAAAAUUAGGUUUGUAAAGAAAAAAUUAUUACAAUCGUUCUCCUUGUCCUUUCUUUGUUAUUUCUCUAAGCACGACAGGCUAGUCCGGCAAAUGAGUAUUUGCAUGUUGUGUUAUUUAUUUCGGAUUGGAGGUGAAGAGAAGACUUAAAUAUUCUCGCCGUUCGACAGUAUAAAGAGAAUUAUUUGUCUUCUCUGGCACGGAGAUAUCGUGCAGGCAGUUUGCCACGUGGGAACACGGGUGUGUAGCGUGUAUACGCUGUAGUGGUCAUUCUCUAGCUGUCUAUCGUAUAGUGCGGUCACGGCUAAAAAUUCAAUUUCGGCCUAUAUAAUAUUUGCCGUUUUUAUAGCAUGUGUUACAGAGUACGGAACGCGGAGCGUUAAGCUUUAAAAAGGGCAGGGAGGCUAUGCGCGGAUAAUAGUAUUUUUUGUUUUUGUUUGUGGUAACAUGUGUACGUUUAUAGGGAGUGUGCGGGGUUUUUGUAAGGACCGGGAGAGCAUCCGGUGAGGUAGCCAUAUUCUUGCUUUUUUGACAGCGGUCUCUCUGUUGCCCUUGAGAAUGUAUUGCACUGGCUGUGGGAUGCAGGUUUCCGGGGAUAUCUCCGGUUAUUCCUGAGCGCGCGGUACAUUCGAGGAUAGGGGUUUAGUAUGAGGCGUUUGUGUACACCAAUGAGUGCGCGGAGUGCGCGGGUUAGGGGCGUUUGUAUCACGCCCGCGAGUGUGGGGUGAGGAGCCUUUGCACAGGCUCAUUCAUAUACAAAUGAAACAAGCAGAAUUCAAUUAAACGCCGACUGCUCUAAGCACGACAGGCUAGUCCGGAAUAGAUUAUUGGCAACCAGAAAACACCGUCUGCUGCUCACAAAUCGUCCAAUGUAUCGAUUCUACCAUCGUCAUCUUUAACAUCGAAUGGUGUUCCUCUUCCACCUAUAUUACAUUACGUACUGUAGCAGGUCUUGUCAUCGUCGUACUGGUCAUAGCAGUCAUAUGUUUGAUUAAAAGUCGAAAGCGACAAAACAAACACCAAAAGCAGACUGAAUCACGUCGUUUUGCAGACGUAAUCAUUGAUGCAUUGUAUCCUCCUCAUUAUGUUGAUAUUGAUGCUCAUCACAAUACAGUUUAUCCAGAAUUGUUGAAAACAACGAUUUACGCCCAUGGUGUCGUACUGAUCUCAGUAUGUACAAGACGAUUAAACGAAGAGUAUGUAUGACCCCAUCAAAGACAAUUGUAAGCUACCUUGUUUAUAUGAUACUAAAGAGGAGCUUGAUGAGAGCGAGAGGAGUGUAUCAACGAACGAUGUGCAUGAUAAUUUGUGCGAUUUGUGUUCUUAGAAGAAUUCGUUCCUGUAAGCGUCAACU